UCUUGUCUCUCUCUCCCGCUCUCUCUCUCUCUCUCUCUCUCGCACAGGGAACGCCUCACAGCGAGCUUGAGAUUACAUGAGUGCCCCUCAGGACGCGGGUUUGAGUAUUGAUGAUGACGACAGCUUAGGUCGUCCACCUUCGCCACCCCCUAGCAUCUGCAAUGAACCUCCGAAAGUUCCUGCUGCCGGUACCGGCGCGACCGCUUCAGCCGGCGAAGAUGAGUCUAAGCAGCCGCAGCAGCAAGAAGAGCGGCCGUGGGACUGCCUUUUUACUAAUAACGCCCGAUGGAGCAAGAACGAGGAGGGCCAGCAGACAGUCAACGAGUACGUAAUCCUCGAAGAGCUCGGGAAGGGGUCCUACGGCAGGGUUUACCUGUGCGAGAGGCGGGUCGGCGACGGCGUGGCCACCCCGUGGCGACGCUUCGCCAUGAAGGUCAUGAGCAAGCCCAGGCUCAGGCGGCUGAGCGAGUACGUGAACGUGCCCGCGGGUGGCAUGCGGAAGGUGACCGCCGAGGAAAAGAUGCGACAAGAGAUAGAAGUGAUGAGACACCUCUACCACCGGAGUGUUGUACUCUUGUUCGAGGUGCUAGAGGAGCAAGAUGGGUGGGAGGACGGCCAGGAGGGGCGCGUGUGCAUGGUGCAGGAGUACAUGGAAGGGGGGCCGACCAUGACGUUCGACGACGAAUCGGGGUUAUUCAAACGUCCUGAUGGGGGUGGUUCUGGCACUAAGGCUGGUGGGGGCGGGGGUGCAGGUGCAGGGAGCUUCUACUCGGAGGAUGAGGCCAAGCCUCUCUUCCGCGAUCUGCUACAAGGGCUGCUGUACCUUCACGGAAAGAACAUCGUCCACCGUGACGUCAAGCCGGACAAUCUCCUCAUCUUCGAGAACGGGACUCUCCGAAUCUGCGACUUCGGGUGCGCUCGCUACGUGAAAAUCGUGCGCCGACAGCCGUCCAAAAGCAAAGACGCCAACGGCAGCGAAGCGAUGGGGCGGUGUCAGGGAGAAGACCAACAACAACCACAACAUCACGCAGGGCAGCAGCAACAUCAACGACAAGGAGAAGCGGCAAUAGAGCAGGACGAGGAGGAGGAGGAAGGUCUUACGGGUUCGGUGGGGACCUACACCUUCCACUCCCCGGAGAGCGUUAUGGGUGACGGGAAAACCUACUCCGGGCGUGCAGCCGACGCCUGGGCCGCGGCGUGCACCCUCUACUGCUGGACCUUUGGAUGCCUGCCGUUUCACGACCCAUCUCUAGAGCGGGUGUUUGAGAAGAUCAAGGGGCAGGAAGUGGAUGUGGGGAAGGCGGUUUCUCCCGACUUGGCCUCUUUGCUUCGGGGGAUGCUGUGCAAGGAUCCGCUCCAACGCAUCGGGCUACAAGCCGCUCUCGAACACCCUUGGAUGCGGGGAGUACCUGACCCCCCGCCGCCGGCGGGGUUCAUACCGAAGUCUUCAUAA